AAUAUGAAAGGGUAGGGACGACUGAGGAAGUAGCAGGAAGAGGGGAGAGGGGAGGGGAAUGGCGCGAUCCCAGGAGACGUGGGACGGCAUGCUCCCUGGGCCCCCCAGCCGCAGCAACGGCGGCUGCGUCGACUCCAGCCACGGAGGGCUCCUGGCCUACGGCGCAGGCAGCAGCGUCGUGGUGGCGGAUCCACGUUCGAUGCAGCUGGUCUCGGUGCUCCCCAUGCCCGCCCCCUCGUCCUCCUCCUCGUCGUCCUCCUCCUCCUCCUCCGCCGCCGCCGCCGCCGCCCACGCCCUCGCGCCCUUCGUGACGUCGGUCCGCUGGACCCCGCAGUCCCUCUCCCACGACCUCUCCGCCCACGACGAGCCCUCCAACUCCCCCCUCCGCCUCGCCGUCGGCGAUCGCCAGGGGCGCGUCGCCAUCUGGGACCUGCGUUGCCGCCAGAUCCUCCUGUGGCUCGACCUCGACUCCCUCUCCGACGGCUCCGGCGGCACUCGAUCCCGGCUCGGCAUACAGGACCUGUGCUGGAUCCGAUCCGACGCCGCCUGGCUCCUCGCCUCCGUCCACGGGCCCUCCCUCCUCCUCCUCUGGGACCCCGCUUCCGGCCGUUGCCUCUGGAAGUACGACGCGGCCCCCGAGUACCUCUCCUGCCUCCGCCGCGACCCCUUCGAUUCCCGCCACUUCUGCGCUCUCGGCCUCCGCGGCUUCCUCCUUUCCGCCAUCCUCCUCGGCGUCCCCGACGGCGAAACCUUCGCCGACGUCUCCCUGCAGGAGCAUCGGAUCCCCGGGACCGGCGAUGCCUCCUCCGAUCUCCAGAAGCUCGACAAGGAUGCGUCGGCCUCCGCUCCGGCCCUCGCCGCCUUCCCGCUCUUCUUCGCGAGGUUGUGCUUCUCGCCCCGCUGGCGGCACAUCCUCGCGAUCACUUUCCCGAAGGAGCUCAUUGUCUUCGACCUUCAGUAUGGAACGGCUCUCUCUUCCACCGCUUUGCCCCGCGGCUGCGGUAAGUUCCUGGAUCUGAUGCCCGACCCGGACCUUGAUAUGCUCUACUGCGCUCAUCUUGAUGGGAAACUAAGCAUCUGGAAACGCAAGGAAGAAGAACAGGUGCACGUGCUGUGCACAAUUGAAGAGCUGAUGCCGUCAAUUGGUACUGCUGUUCCAUCUCCAGCUGUUCUUGCUGUCGCUCUUUGCCUGUCAGAUUCUGCUAGUCAAAAUGUCAAGAAGCUCUUCAUGGACCUAUCAGAUAGACAAUUUUCGGUUGAUGAUGUUGCACGCAAAAAUCAUAGUAGAUAUAUGGAUAUAUUUUCUAAUACAUACUUCAUCUCCAUUUCUGAUGAUGGGAAGAUCUGGCGCUGGCUUUUGACUUCUGGCAUGGAGAGAUUCUCUCAGACAGCUUCAUUCAAUGUAUACAAGCCUACCCAAGUCGGUGAAGAAUUGAUUUCACAUACACAUAUUGGACCAGCAGGUGAUGCUUUAUCUACAGUUCCGCUGGAUCGAGUGAAAGAAUUAGAGCUUAUCAACAAUAGCAAUCCUUAUUUUAGGAACUCAAGGUCCAAUGGAGGGGAUUUGUCCAUGAAGAUUAGCUUGAUUGGCCAGCUUCAUCUUCUUUCUUCUACGGUGACCACUCUUGCUGUACCAUCUCCAUCUUUACUUGCUACUUUGGCCCGUGGCGGCAACAAUCCUGCACCGGCUGUUCCCCUUGUUGCUUUAGGAACUCAGAGUGGUGCUAUUGACGUUGUAGAUGUUUCAGCUAGUGUGGUCACGGCAAGCUUUUCUGUUCACAACAGUGCCAUUAGAGGAUUAAGGUGGCUUGGGAAUUCUCGACUAGUUUCGUUCUCAUACAGUCAGGUAAAUGAUAAAGGAGGUGGUUACACUAACAGACUUGUCAUAACCUGCCUUAGAAGCGGACUGAAUCGUUCUUUUCGGGUUCUUCAAAAGCCUGAACGUGCACCAAUAAGAGCUUUGAGGGCUUCUUCAUCAGGACGGUACCUUCUUAUUAUGUUUCGCGAUGCUCCAGUGGAGGUGUGGGCAAUGACAAAGAAUCCCAUAAUGCUUAGGUCCUUGGCUCUUCCAUUUACGGUAUUAGAAUGGACGCUUCCAUCUGCACCCCGACCUAUUCAGAACGGACCUUCUAGACAAUCUUCAUUUUCCAAGGAGCAGUCUUCAGGUGCAAAUUCAACUGCAAGCGCAUCUUCAGCAGGUUCUAAGAUGACAAGCUCCGAGAACUCUUCAGAUGAUACUUCUGAAAGUUUUGCUUUUGCGUUAGUCAAUGGUGCUCUUGGUGUAUUUGAAGUACACGGACGGAGAAUACGGGAUUUUAGACCAAAGUGGCCUUCCUCUUCAUUUGCUUCUUCCGAUGGAUUGAUUACAGCUAUGGCAUAUCGCCUGCCUCAUGUAGUAAUGGGGGACAGAUUAGGUAACAUACGCUGGUGGGAUGUAACAACAGGUCUUUCUUCAUCAUUUAAUACACACAGGGAGGGAAUCAGGAGGAUAAAGUUCUCUCCCGUUGUAUCCAGAGAUAGAACCAGAGGGCGCAUUGCUGUACUCUUUUAUGACAACACGUUCUCAAUAUUUGAUCUUGAUACAUCAGAUCCGUUGGCAAAUGCACUUCUGCAGCCUCAAUCCCCUGGAACCCUUGUUCUAGAACUUGAUUGGUUGCCGAUGCAAACAAACAAAAAUGAACCACUGGUGCUAUGCAUUGCAGGAGCUGAUAGCAGCUUUCGACUUAUAGAGGUUAACAUUGACCUCAAAGCAAGUUCUGGUUAUAAGGCGAGGAUUUCAAAAGAGAGGUUCCGGCCAAUGCCACUAUGCUUACCAAUAUUAUUGCCAACAGCACAUGCUUUGGCUUUGAGGAUGAUUUUGCAACUGGGCGUAAAGCCUUCGUGGUUCAAUAUUUGCAGUACAGGUAUGUUGGAUGGUCACAAUCUUGAGGAAGAUGCAACAUCUGUUGGAGACCUGCGCAGCUACAUGGUCGAGACAGCACUCCCUGCUGUUGGUGAUCCUGUGGUGCCUGAAUUACUUCUGAAGGUUUUAGAACCAUACCGGAAGGAGGGUUGUAUUCUUGACGAUGAAAGGGUUAAGCUAUAUGCUUCUAUAGUGAACAAAGGUUCUGCUGUGAGGUUUGCCUUUGCUGCUGCUAUCUUUGGUGACAUUUCAGAAGCACUCUUCUGGUUACAGCUGCCUCAAGCCCUUCACCACUCGCUGGAUAAAUCAUCAAACAAAUAUCCGAAGGAGGCCUCACAAUCAAUUUCAGUGUCUGAAGCUGAAAGCGUCUCUAUACUUAAUAGGAUAGCAUCACGGGAAAGAUCUGUUGCAGGCAAGACAACAAAAGAUACAGUGAAUUAUGGGCAACUUAAUCUGAUGGCCUUUAAGCAAGAAGAAUUAUGGGAAAAUGCAAAUGAGAGAAUCCCAUGGCAUGAAAAGCUGGAUGGAGAAGAAGCAAUUCAGAAACGUGUCCAUGAGCUGGUCUCUGUAGGAGACUUAGAGGCUGCAGUGUCCUUGCUGCUCUCGACGCCUCCAGAAGGAUCUCAUUUUUAUCCCAAUGCUUUACGAGCGGUAGUACUGUCCUCUGCCGUGUCACAAUCUUUACAUGAACUUGCAGUGAAGGUUGUUGCUGCCAAUAUGGUCAGAACGGAUAAGAGUCUCUCGGGGACGCAUCUGCUUUGUGCUGUGGGAAGGUAUCAAGAAGCAUGUUCUCAGCUACAAGAUGCUGGGUACUGGACAGAUGCUGUAACGUUGGCUGCAACUCAUUUACAUGGAUCUGACUAUGCCAGGGUAUUGCAAAGAUGGGCUGAUUAUGUUCUACGGAACGAACACAAUAUUUGGAGAGCUCUGAUACUUUAUGCUGCUGCGGGAGCACUGCCUGAGGCAUUAGCAGCACUUCGCAAUGCUCAGCAGCCGGAUACAGCAGCCAUGUUCUUGCUUGCCUGCCACGAGAUAAAUUCACAGAUUGCACUGCCACCUCAACCAGCAGAUGAAGGUUUAGGAUCUUUGAUCCAUGGGCAAAAGAUUCAGUUACCAGGCAGGAAUAAUCUGGAUGAUGAGGACCUGAAUGCUGUCGACGAGUAUUAUGGGCAGUACCAGCAGAAACUGGUUCAUCUCUGUAUGGAUAUUUUACCACUUAUCGAUUGAAUAGCAAACCGAAGUAACAAUCCACACUGCCAUUCCGAAUGUGCAGUUCAGCAAAUUCUAUAUUCAGCAGCCGGAUCUGAUUUAUUUGUGAGCUGCAGCCUCUUACAUAUUGACUAAGAUGUUCGACAGACAAUUCUGCUCUCAGCAUUUGUGCUAGUUUUUCAUAAAUAUUACUCCCAUAAAACAGGCUAGAGGGCAUAAGUCGUGGUGGCAUCCUGGGUGAUUCAAGCCGUUGGGCAGAGGAGGGAUCGCACAACCAACUCUGGUGCUAUUCUACAGAACUACAAAGAUCUAACGGUGUUUUUUCGUUUUUUGUUCUUUUAUCUUUUAUCUUUUAUCUUUUUUUUUUUUUUGGGUACCUCCAGGGAGUUUGGUGAUGAGACAAACCAUUCUGGAUACAACGCGACAAAUAUUAUUUUUUAGAGUUUUUCAUGUUAUAGUGGGUAUAUUAUGUUUGAGAUAAACCAUUCAGGAUAUAAACCAACAAAUUUACUAUUAUUGAAUUUUGCAUGUUAUAGUGGGGAGAUUAUUGUUGCACAUACUUGUAACAAAAUUCCUUUGUGAUUCAGAAGUUGUUUCUGAUUUCUGUAUAA